AUGUUAGGGGUUUCUAGUGGAAGCAGUGGCGGUGGAGUUGGGCCUGAGGAUUUGGCUCAGCUCCAAUCUACCAUGCGUGCGAUUGAACUUGCUUGCUCUUACAUUCAGAUAAAUACUAAUCCAGCUGCUGCGGAAGCAACCAUAUUGUCGCUUCACCAGUCCCCACAGCCGUAUAAGGCGUGUAGAUAUAUUCUUGAAAAUUCUCAGGUAGCAAGUGCUAGGUUUCAAGCUGCUGCUGCUAUUAAAGAAGCAGCGAUCAGGGAAUGGAGUUUUCUUGCCACCGAUGAUAAAGGGGGUUUGAUUAGCUUCUGUCUGGGCUACGUCAUGCAGCAUGCCAAUUCAUCAGAUGGUUAUGUGUUUUCAAAAGUAUCUUCUGUGGCUGCGCAGCUGAUGAAAAGAGGCUGGCUUGAGUUUACUCCAGCCGAGAAGGAAGUCUUUUUCUACCAGAUCAAUCAGGCUAUUCUUGGUUCUCGAGGCUUAGAUGUGCAGUUCAUUGGCAUAAAUUUUCUUGAAUCAUUGGUAUCUGAAUUCUCACCCUCUACUUCAAGUGCCAUGGGUCUCCCAAGGGAAUUUCAUGAAAACUGCCACAAGUCACUUGAACAAAACUUUUUGAAGACGUUCUAUAGCUGGGCACAAGAUGCUGCUUUAAGUGUUACAAACAAGAUUAUUGAGUCACAUUUUGAUGUCCCUGAGGUGAAGGUUUGCAAUGCUGCACUGCGAGUAAUGCAUCAAAUACUAAACUGGGAGUUUCGUUACAGCAAAGGUGGCACAAGGGCCAGCAUAAAUGUAUUCUCUGAUGGAAUUAGACCUGAUACAGGAUCACCACGAAAGACGGAAUGUGUAAUUGUUAAGCCUGGUGCUUCGUGGUGUGAUGUUUUGCUUUCAAGUUCACAUGUUGGAUGGCUGAUAAAUCUAUAUUCAUCGCUGAGGCAGAAGUUUGCUCUUGAAGGCUAUUGGCUAGAUUGUCCUGUUGCAGUCUCUGCUCGGAAACUUAUUGUCCAAUUGUGCUCCUUAGCAGGGGAAAUAUUUCCAUCCAACAAUGCACAGAUGCAAGAGCAGCAUCUGCUCCUCCUACUGUCAGGGGUGUUACCCUGGAUUGAUCCUCCUGAUGUCAUUUCAAAGGAGAUUGAAGAAGGAAGGAGUGGAAGUGAGAUGAUUGAUGGUUGUCGCGCAUUGUUGUCUAUCGGGACAGUUACUACUCCUGUUGUCUUUGAUCAACUCUUGCGAUCAAUAAGGCCCUUUGGUACUCUUACACUCUUAUCUAUGUUAAUGGGUGAGGUUGUCAAAGUAUUAAUGGCGAAUAGUACUGAUAAAGAAACUUGGAGCUAUGAGGCGCGCGAUAUCUUGCUAGAUACCUGGACAACUCUCCUUGUUGCAAUGGAUGGUUCUGGAGGUAAUGCGUGGCUGCCACCUGAAGGGAUGCAUGCUGCAGCUAGCCUCUUUUCAUUGAUUGUGGAAUCUGAACUAAAAGUGGCAUCUGCGUCAGCUACAGCUAAUGAAGAUGAUGCUGACUGUCUGGCUUCUGUGUCUGCCAUGGAUGAAAGACUAGGAUCUUAUGCUCUCAUUGCAAGGGCAGCAGUCGAUUCUACAAUUCCAUUUUUAGCAAAACUUUUUUCUGAUCGUGUUGCACGCCUCCAUCAGGGCAGGGGCACUGUUGAUCCGACUGAAACUUUGGAAGAGGUCUACUCUUUACUGCUGAUAAUCGGUCAUGUCCUUGCUGAUGAAGGGGAAGGGGAGACGGCCCUGGUUCCUGAUGCAUUGCAAUCUCAUUUUGUGGAUGUUGUAGAGGCAGGCAACCACCCUGUUGUGAUACUCUCAAGCUCAAUUAUAAAGUUCACCGAGCAAUGUAUGGAUGCAGAUUUGAGAUCAUCGAUCUUUAGUCCUCGGCUAAUGGAGGCAGUCAUAUGGUUCCUUGCAAGAUGGUCUUUCACAUAUCUAAUGCUCGUUGAAGAUAGCAAUUUGGGUAGCAACCAGCUUCAGUCUCUACCUUCCAGAGCAUGUUUGUUCACGUUUUUCAACGAACAUAAUCAAGGGAAGUUUGUCCUUGAUAUAAUUGUCCGGAUCUCCUUGACAUCGCUCAUGUCUUACCCUGGUGAAAAGGAUUUGCAGGACUCCUGGCGUAACCUAGCAAAUGCUUUUGCAAACGACAAAACAUUGUUUUUGCUAAACAGUGUUAGUCAGCGUUCAUUGGCUCAAACACUUGUUCUUUCUGCUUAUGGCAUGCGAAGUUCAGAUGCAUCAAAUCAAUAUGUGAAAGACCUCAUGGCUCAUAUGACAUCAUCUUUGGUGGAUUUGUCCAAUAAUAGUGACCUUAAAAAUCUGGCACAGCAACCUGAUAUCAUUAUGCUGGUGAGUUGUGUGUUGGAGCGGCUUCGAGGAGCGGCAAGUGCCACUGAACCCCGGACACAGAGAGCAAUAUAUGAGAUGGGAUUGUCUGUUAUGAAUCCUGUGCUCCGUCUUCUCGAGGUUUACAAACACGAGUCUGCAGUAAUAUAUCUACUACUCAAAUUCGUCGUGGAUUGGGUGGAUGGGCAAUUAUCUUACCUAGAGGCUCAUGAAACAGCCGUGGUCAUUAAUUUCUGCAUGAGUCUUCUACAAAUAUAUUCGUCACACAAUAUUGGGAAGAUAUCAUUGUCUCUCUCGAGUACCUUGCUUAACGAAGCAAAAACAGAAAAGUACAAAGAUUUACGCGCUCUGCUUCAGCUACUUUCUCAUCUAUGCUCAAAAGAUAUGGUUGAUUUUUCAUCUGACAGUAUUGAGACACAAAGCACGAAUAUAUCCCAGGUGGUGUACUUUGGUCUCCAUAUUAUCACGCCGCUUAUAACUCUGGAGCUCCUCAAAUACCCCAAGCUUUGUUUCGACUAUUUCUCGCUCAUAUCACAUAUGUUAGAGGUUUAUCCCGAGACGCUCGCACAACUCAACAGCGAUGCAUUUAACCAUGUACUUACAACAGUCGACUUUGGUCUUCAUCAGCAGGAUGUAGAUAUAGUCACCAUGUGCCUGAGAGCUCUAAAGGCUCUUGCUUCAUAUCACUACAAAGAGACGAAAAGUGGCAACACGGGUUUGGGUUCGCACGCUUCUGGACACACAGAUCCAAAUGGAGUCUUCUGCGAAGGAAUCCUGAGCCGGUUCCUCCGCACGUUACUUCACUUUCUUCUUUUUGAGGAUUACAGUACCGACCUAGUCAGUACAGCAGCAGAUGCCUUGUUCCCUCUUAUUCUCUGCGAACCAAAUCUUUACCAGGGAUUGGGCAACGAACUGAUUGAGAAGCAAGGUAAUCCCAACUUCAAAACUAGGCUAGCCAACGCGCUUCAUGUGCUCACGACGUCGAACCAGCUUUCCUCGUCCUUGGAUCGUCUGAACUACCAAAGAUUCAGAAAGAACCUCAACAACUUCCUCGUUGAAGUUCGUGGGUUUCUCAAGACAAGGUGA